CUCGUUUGUCGGCAUAAAUAAAUUCAAAAGUUUUGCGCUCGUUUUCACGGUUUUCAUGUCGGUUCCCGUUGCCCCGGGUUUUCUCUUUGUGAUUUUCGAGUUUUUGUGAAAUUUCCCUGCAGUUUUGAGCUUUUGAUUUACUUUGCUUGUGUAAAAAUCGUCACCAUGUCCCAAUGCGAUGAUAUUUUUGCGGACAACUCGUCGGACGGGACCGAUUAUCUGUCCUCCAGCAGUCGUCAGGAUGCACAGGAAUCGAUUCUGAUCGAAGAAACGGAAACUGAAGUCGAAGAUGAGGAAGACGAGGAGGAAAAGGCCAUCCGAGAGCGGAUAAAGAAGCGCCAAAGUCGCCGGAUGUCGUUCCACCCGCGGCAAACAAGUUCCGAUGUUAGUUCGGACGAAAGCGACGACGACGAUAAGGAAGGGGUGGAAGUCUCGAUUGCUAGCGACGGGGACACAAGCGAGGAGGAAAGAAGAGACGAAAGUCGGGCCCUGUCUCCGGCCACUCGUUUGAGCCUAUCCGGAAUUCCCCCGCCGGAUCUCAAUGAAGAUGACGACGAGGAUGAUGAUGAAGAUGUGGUUCUGGUGGGACGAAAAAAUAAACGCAAUGUCCUGAUAUCCGACGAUGAGACGGAAGAGGAACAGAAAAACGGUGAUUCCUUCGAUGAAAGUCUUCCGCUGCAGAGUUUCAAUGCUGAAGGCGGUUCCACAAGUCCCCAGUUGUCUUCGACAGGCUUCUCGCAGGACGCUCACGAUGAAUCCGUAGCUAAAGGGCGUUUGUCUCGUGAUGUGAGAAUGUCCAUCGGAACUAAGCUGUCUUCCACGGUUUUGGAGCCUAAAGUGGAAGAGGAGGGUGCCAAUCGGAGCGACAGUGACCGUUCCUCUGUCGUGAUGCUGGAAAAGUCCGAUGAAAUUUUGUCAGUUUCCAGUGACGAUGAGAAGCCGGUCAAAAUCAAACCACUUGUGCAACCAACAAUUAAGGCAGUUCUUGCCAAGCAGCGAGUGUCGCAAAAGUUCUACGAUAACAAAGUACGGGAAUUAGCGGACCUUCAGAAGAAGCACGAAAAGUUGGAGAAUCUCUCCAAAUUGAACAUUAAUCUCCCGGACAAGGGCGUUGGGCUGCAGAAGGCGGCCGCGAACCUUAGGAAGGAGAUAUCCGAGCUGAAGGGUGAGAUUGCCAACUUGGAGGUUAACAACUUGGGAGGCAUUCGAGAUGAAAUCCAGAGAAGCUUCGAAAGUUCUAUCGAUGCCAGCGGGAGGAUCGUGCUGGAUAGUGCCAACAGCUCUGUAGCCAGUACCAAUGGGAGGAAAUCGGCCGGCGAAGAUCGUAAGUCGAAUGGCAAUGACCAGGUGGUUAACAUUUCGUGGGACGACAUUCAAAAGGAAGCUGAUAAGAUCCAGCCGAAGCAUACAGGAAAGCAGGGUAUAGCUACUUUUGAAACGCAGAAAACCAUCACGUUGGAUAGUUUGUCCUCGUUGCACAAAUCCAUUGAAGGAUGUCCCAGUGAGGACACUUUUGCAGAUCCACCGAAGCUAUUGCGAAUAGAACUGAUGGACCACCAGAGACAUGCAUUAGCUUGGAUGCUUUGGCGUGAGAGUCUAAAACCCAGAGGAGGUAUUCUCGCUGAUGACAUGGGCUUGGGAAAAACGCUCAGCAUGAUUUCUCUUAUACUGAAAAAAGCAGAAAUUGAAGACCCAGAUAAGGAAAACGAUGAUUCAAGCGAUGAUGAAGAAGAGGAAAACAAUGGAUGGACAGCGAAAGGAAGGCGCGAUUACUAUGCCGGAGGAACGUUGAUAAUAUGUCCGGCUUCGUUGAUGAGACAAUGGGAAGGAGAAAUCAAAAAUCGAGUUGCUAGGAACAGUUUGGCCGUCAAUGUUUAUCACGGAACAAACCGAGACAUGAAACCUAGACACCUGGCUAAGUACGAUGUACUCAUAACGACAUACAAUAUUGCUUCCCGGGAAUCGAAAACUGACCGAUCUGGAAUUUUUGGCGUUAACUGGGAGAGGAUAAUACUCGAUGAAGCGCAUAUGAUCCGCAAUCACAAAAGUGCCAUGUCUGAGGCUUGUUGCCGAUUGAAGGGUCGCUUCCGAUGGGUCCUCACAGGCACUCCCAUACAGAACAAAGAAAUGGACAUGUAUGCGCUGUUGAAAUUCCUACGCUGUACUCCGUUUGAUGAUUUGACACACUGGAAAAAAUGGAUCGACAACAAAACUGCUGGCGGGAUGGCUAGGCUACAAACGAUCAUGAAAUCGCUUAUGCUUCGUAGAACUAAGAAACAGCUACAGGAAAAAGGUUCUCUUCAAUGUCUUCCGGAGAAAAACGUUGAACUCGUUGAAGUGACGUUGGAGAAAGACGAGAUGAACGUUUACCAGAAGGUACUUCUCUACUCAAGGACGCUCUUCGGUCAGUUUCUUCACCAACGGGCGGAAAAAGAACAUGACACUUAUAUGGGAGCAAAUCAACGGAACGUUCCGACCUUUGCACAAAAUCGCCUUCCAAACAUGGCCUUCGAUCGGGUGCAUCAGAAAUUGAAACAGAUGCAUGCAAAUGAGGAAGUAAAACAGUUUCAAAUCUUGGUUUUACUGCUCCGUCUUCGGCAAAUCUGCUGCCAUCCGGGAUUGAUCCACCAGAUGCUCGAGGACGACGACGGUAAUUUCGACAUGAGCACUGUCGAGGAAGAGAACGCACAAGAACUCGAUUUGUUGGCACAGCUUAACAAGCUCAAGCUAACAGAUAAUUCUGCUGAUGCGGCUGUGGAUGGCCCUGAGGCACAGGUUGAACUUGAUAUCAGUGGGAACACAUCGCAAGAUACGGCCGCCAUUACGAAGGCAUCCUCGAAGGUGAUGCUCCGUUCUAAUCCGGUGUUCGAUCUGACGAGAAUGAGUUCGAAGAUUGCUCGGCUACUAGAGCUGCUGGACGAGAAAAUCCUAUGCGGUGACGAUAAAGCGGUGAUUGUGUCUCAAUGGAGCAGCGUGCUGGACAUUGUGGCACAUCAUCUGAGCAGCAAACGGGUCAAGUACGUCUCCCUGACCGGUAAGGUGGCGGUCAAGUUCCGAAACGAUAUCGUCACAGAGUUCAACAAGCAGGGAAGUGGUCCGAAGGUGAUGCUUCUCUCGCUGACCGCCGGUGGAGUUGGUUUGAAUCUCGUGGGUGCCAAUCAUUUGCUGUUGCUGGAUUUGCACUGGAAUCCCCAGCUGGAAGCCCAGGCUCAGGAUCGCGUGUAUCGAGUUGGGCAGAAGAAGACAGUCUUCGUGUGGAAAUUCAUGUGUGUCGAAACCGUGGAGCAAGCGAUCAGAGGGCUUCAGGAGAAGAAAAUUGGAAUUGCCAAUGAGGUGCUGACCGGUACCAAGCAGAAGGGAAGCAAACUCAGCAUCGACGAUCUCAAGCAAUUGUUCGGAAUGUGAAAGGAAUGGUUUACAGUGGUUUCAGCAGUCUUCUACUUCGUGGUCGUUCGAUCGAAAAGGGUCCCACCUGUGAUAUCGACAGUUUUAGGAUUUUAUGUGUGUUCAUUCUGUUUUUACGCUGAUGUUGUCCAUAGAUGCUAGAAGAUUUUCGUUUAUGAUUUAUUAUCUAUAUGAUGAAUGAAACAAAUAUAAGAUUUUUGCUGCGCAUUCCAACCGAAAUUGCAAGCCGAUUUUUUGUAUUUGCAUUAGAAAGAACAAAACGUUAACAAACUUCUUUUUUGUGUGUUGCUGCAGACUACACUUUGUGAUCAUAGAUAAUAUAGUGGGUGUUUGAAUGCCUUUCAAUUUUCCAGCAUUAUCUUUGAUGCGACUGGUAAUUUAAAAAUACACUUUUCGUCACAACUAACUAGUUUUAAACACUUUCAUAUUAACCUAAAUUUUAAUCAAUGUUGAGCUUAAUAAAAAUUAUGAUAACUUCGUAUUUUGGUGUGUUUUUACGAUGUUUAAAAUAUUGCAAUGUCUAACUAAAAAAAAUGUUGUCUUUGAUAACUUAGGAAUAUGAUUUGGUGCCAAAUGCAAUGCAACUCUACAAUGUUUUUUUGUUUGAUCUUGAGGAGAGUUAAUUUUUCAACGAAAAAAAAAGCAGUACGAUGAUUCAGAAUUAUUCAGUAAAAUGUUAUAAUAUCUAUCACUUGGUGUAGGAUCGGACAGGUUAAAAAAUCAUUCGUGUUUUUAUUCCGUCAUUUAGAUUUAUCAUUUCUUCGUCAAGAUGGUCCAAAAAUUAAGAAUUGUCUAUGCUUUUAUCAUUCAUGACUGAUAUUUGUGGAUGCCCCUUAAAAAAUGAUAUUUGAUAUUGAGUACGAAACAACUAUUCCAAUCAAAACACGGUUUAUGGUAACGCUGUAAAAGACCGAGUAAACAUCCUUGUGUUGCUGAAUAGUAUUACUUUCCUGGACAUUCCUCUGACUUCUUGACUAA